AGUUGAUGUUUUUUUGCUUAUCACAGCUACCGCGGAAGGAGAAACGCAACAUUUGGAUAUUUCUGUUUUGUCGACCUUCUUCCAGACAGUUUAAGAACAGUGAAAACUAAAAGCUGAAUUGUCAUUAAAAUGCAGUACUACAAAGCCAGUGCUGUUAUGGCAUCUGUCCUCCGGCAGUGCUAGCAGGUGAAAUGAGAGCACGUUAGCCGAGGAUGGAGGCUUUAACCCGGGGUCCACCAUGGCAGCUCUGACCGUGUGGCGUUACACCAGCGGCCGUGUUCUGGGUGGCUGGGGGCCGUUGUUGUGCGUUUUGAUCGGUUCUCUUGUGGGCCUCCUGAUGCCCCUGGUGGGAGUAGACGACAAGUGUUGCGCUGCACUAAAAGGAAUUGCUCACUUGCGCUGUCAGCUUUGGGGUAGACCCCCACCUCCUGCUACUGUCCAGUCCACGAGCCUGACGAUCCCUUUCACUGCUCUGGACCUGCUGCCUCAGAGGAGCAAGCCCAGCAAUGAUAUGGUGCUUGAGGCCAAAGCAGCUCUCCAGCAGGCUCAGGAGAUGAAAAAGGCUGGGAAAAGGGAAAAGGCUCAUAAGCUCCUUGUGCAUGCUUUAAGUAUGAAUCCAGAUUUUGUGGAAGCCCUAACAGAGCUGGGAACUAUACUGGAAGAGGAAAAGGAUGUCAUCCAGGCAGACCACCUCUACACUAAAGCACUGGCGAUUUCUCCAUGUAAUGAGCGAGCUCUAAUCAGCCGUGACCGAACUCUUCCCUUGGUGGAGGAGAUUGACCAGCGUCACUUCAGCAUUAUUGACAGUAAAGUACGGAGACUUAUGUCCAUCCCUAAAGGUAACUCUGCUCUGAGGCGAGUAAUGGAGGAGACCUACUACCAUCACAUUUAUCACACUGUAGCCAUAGAAGGCAGCACUCUCACUUUGUCUGAGAUUCGUCACAUCAUUGAGACUCGAUACGCUGUGCCAGGGAAGAGCCUCCAGGAGCAGAAUGAGGCAAUUGGUGUAGAUGUGGCUAUGAAGUACAUCAACACAACGCUCUUAUCCAGGACUGGCCCCAUCGCAGUGCAUGACAUUCUUGAGAUUCACAGGCGUGUGCUGGGUUUUGUGGAUCCUGUAGAGGGCGGUAGGCUGCGCACCAGUCAGGUGUUUGUUGGACAUCACAUCCCCCCCCAUCCACAGGACCUUCAGAGGCACAUGCAGGAGCUAGUGCAGUGGCUCAACUCUGAGGAGGCACUGCAGCUUCAUCCGGUGGAGUAUGCUGCCCUCGCACACUACAAACUAGUGUACGUACACCCAUUUGUAGAUGGCAAUGGACGCACAUCUCGACUACUUAUGAACUUAGUUCUCAUGAAAUCUAGGUACCCACCUAUUACCAUUCGCAAAGAGCAAAGAGCUGAAUACUAUGCAGCAUUGGAUACUGCAAAUGAAGGGGAUGUCCGGCCUUUCAUUCGUUUCAUAGCCAAAUGCACAGAAAUAACAUUGGACACUCUGUUGAUUUCUACAACAGAACAUGCAGUUGGGCUGCCAGGGACCAGCCAGCAUCCAGUCUGUUUGGACUGCAAGCAAACCAUUCCUGUCCACUGAGUCCUUGACAACUUUUCUGCACAUUAUAAUGUCAUGCGCAUUUGUUUUUAAAGAAAGUCUUAAUAUAUUUUUUGAAUUUAUAAUUUUGUCCAUUUUGUCUUUCCUAAUGCCUGGGGAACUGGGACCAAGCCAAUAUUGUCACUUUAGAUUUAUUUAUUAGCCAAAUCUUUGCUGACUACAUAGGGUGUAUGUGUCAUUUGCUGUAAUGCUUUAUAUUGAUGAAAACAAAACAUAAUCGUGUGAAAAUACCUACAGCCUUUUAAUAUUUUACUGCCUGGAAAAGAGACUUAAUGUAGACUAAAUUAAGUAAACUUUAAAAAAAAAUUAAGCCAAGAUCACAUCAUUUCUUAAUAUUACAUAUAUUAUGUAAUCACAAAACAUAUGGGAAUAUAUACAUCAUUUUCAUAACCCUUAUUAUCAAAUGUAUCAUCUUCCAAAAAUCAGUAUUGGUUUGGCCCUAAUUUUAACUGCUGAAUUAAAAUGGGAAAACUUCA